AUGUUAUCAAAUCUGUUUCAAGAAUUUGGUAUAAAAGUUGAUCAAGCAACUAUUUCCAGAACAUUAAAGUGCUCAUAUGAGUAUUUGGAUAAUGAAACAAACUUACUACAAAAUCCACUACAGAAAAAACCCCGUAAUGUUAGAUAUCCUGAACUUGAGCUUGCACUCCAAGAAUGGUGUUUGCACUCACAAAACCAUAUUCCUCUCACCGACCUAAUCAUAACUGAAAAAGCUAAAUCAUUUGCAAAAUUGCUUAAUAUUCCUGAUGAUGCAUUGACAUUUUCUUCUGGGUGGCUUCAAAGCUUUAAAAACAGAAACAAUUUGAAAAGAUAUCAAUUGCAUGGAGAAAGUGGAUCAGCUGAUACCAAUGCAAUUGAAAAUGCACUUCCUGAUUUAAAAGCAAUUAUUAGCUCCUUUAGACCUGAAUGUGUAUAUAAUAUGGAUGAAACAGGACUACUUGAACCUGACACAACUCUAGCAACAAAACAACUUGAGGGAAAAAAAAAGGACAAGGAACGUUUGACUGUUGUGCUCUGUUGUAAUGCUGAUGGAACUGAUAAACUUCCACCUCUCAUUAUUGGAAAAUUUUUAAAACCUUGGUGUAUGAAAAAU